AGCUAUAUGCUAUAGUGCUCCGCUAUGAACGAUUACCACAAAUGAGCAGCUUCUUGGGGACAAAAGAAUGUAUGCAAAAUUUCAGACUCAUAUCUCAAAAACUGAGUGACUAGCCAGCUUGCCUGGCUUCAAAACUGUUGCAACAAAAUUAUUUCAAACAAGCUAUUUUUCGCUCACAUUUUUGAAUACAUUUAAUUUCAAACUUCAACACAAUUGCUUUUUUGAAACAUUUUUUCUUUUUGUUAAAACCCUACAAACGCAAUAGACGUCUCCGCUUCGACAAUGCGUCGCGUACACAAUUCGAAUUUUGUGCCGAAAUUUAGUCUGGGCAAAUGGACGUGGAAUAAGAACUUGGAGCGCUUAGAAUUUGAACCCAUUAAAGAUGCGGAGUUGGAGAAACAAGAUUAUGUCAAGACGUGCGGCUUCAAAUUCAACAAGUCGCUAAAUCAAUUGGAAGAAUUAAUAUUCCUGCAAGAGUUCCAACGUUCCGAACUAACACACGAUGCCGAUGUAAUACUCGUGCAGGACAUAAAAAAUAUUGUGCUCUUUCUGGCACCAACCGAGAUCAUCACAAAGGAUUUUGUGCUCUUUCUGCACACCUUCACCGUGGAUCGUUUUCUGCGCGCGCUCAUCAUCUACUUUGAGUACUACUUGAAAAUGGUGGAGUAUGUGUUGAUACGUCGCGACGAGAUUAGCGGCGAAAAGGCGCAAAUACAAAGCGAGGACACCAAUGAGAUCAAGCGCAUCUACUCGUCGCAUCUUACACAGCAUCGGCUGCUGUUGGCGCGCGAAUAUAGCAUUAUUAUAGCGGGCGAUGGCGAAAUGAAGCCAUUCUAUCACAUUACACCCAUUGUCAAUAUUUCGCAAUCGAUUAAGGAUAAGCGCUUUCACGAAACCUUUUUGGCAUUCUCCACACAAAUGGUGUGGAUCGCUAUGCAUCGACGCGCCUACGACUACAUCGAUUUGGAAAUGUAUCGGCUCUUUCGCUCCGAACACUUUAAGCUCAAACGUUAUGCGCACAUCAACUUUACGGAUGCCGAGGCGAACAUGCUGUACGGCAAGAAUUACAAGCGCGUCAAUUAUCGCGCACAAAACUCACCGCUCAUACAGGAGUUGGCCAAUGUGUCCAACGAGAAUUUGCCCAUAUUGUGGAUUGGCGAACGUAAAUAUCGUGGCACCGAUUUGCGCAUACACCAACUGGAGCUCGAGUAUAUUGUGCCGGAUAGUCAGUUGACUUUGAUUGAUGUGUGUCACGGCAUACUCGGGCAUCCGAAGAAAAUCUACAACACACUGUUGAACAUCAAUUGGGAAGAGGUGCGCUUCCAGAACUAUUCGCAUAUUUAUGAUCCCUAUCAAUUGGUGCGUCAGCCGAUGCUGAAGAUACCGCAUAUCGAUGCGGAGAAAAUACGCAAACAUGCGCAGAAAUUCGACACCUACUAUCAUGUGCGUCUGCAGUAUGAGCGCGCAAGCAAAGCGGUUAUAGAUAAGUGGUGUCGCCGCGACGCCGUCAUUGCGUAUUUCACUACGGAGGGCAUGAUUACGAACAUUGUGACGCAAUGCGAGAGGGAGCUGGUUAGAGAUUCGUAUGGUCCAAGUGUGAAAGAGAUAACGAGCAAGUUUUUAGCACGCAAGAAAUUAUUGGGAAAACUAUAGCGUAGUGCACAAAGCAAAGGUGCGCCUGACGCAGAGAGUAACAGCUCGAAGGCAGCUGCAAGGUUUUGUAUAUUUUUGAUAUUUUUCUUUUUUUUGUUGCAAAUCAUAUUUAAAGCUCGUCAUGAUUUCGGUAGGCAGAUAUUUCAAUAAAAUUUUAAGUUUAGAAUCGUGUA